AUGGUUUUAAAGUACAAUCAAGAAAAAUCCCUAAGAGACUUGGAAACUAGAAUUAAGGAAUUAGAGCAAAGCAAUGAAGGGUUUCGUUCUCAAUUCAACUAUUUAGAAGAAAAGAUUAGAGAACGAGAAGGAGAGACCAAAGCCAAACAAGAAGCUAUUAGUAAUUUAGAAGAAAAGGUUAGAAAACAAGAAGAAGUAACCAAAGCCAAUCAAGAAAUUAUUAAUGAAUUGAAAGAAAGGAUCUUUUGCCAACUCUACCCAAUUCCUUGA